AUGGCUGGCGACGGGCCCCACAACGUUGCGAUGCUGAACAAUGGUGCGGUCCGUGUGAACAUGUCCAACGUGGACUCACCUCUGCAGAUAUUUGUGAGGGCAAAGAAGAAGAUAAAUGACAUAUUUGUUGAAAUUGAUGAUUAUGUCAAGGAUGCUGUCACUUUUAUGCAUGCGGUUACUGGCGAAAAUGGGAUCGCGACACCUCAAGAUCUGGCCAAUGUGGAGGCGUACGUGUCGAAAGUACAGGCCAUACGGGAAGUGCUUAAACGUGAUCAUAUGAAAGUGGCGUUCUUCGGCCGAACAAGUAACGGCAAAAGUACAGUGAUAAACGCGAUGUUGCACGACAAGAUCCUGCCGAGCGGUAUCGGCCACACCACCAAUUGCUUUCUCCAAGUCGAGGGCUCAGACACGGACGACGCCUUUCUACGGACAGACGGCUCCGAGGAGAAGUUGAAUGUCGAGUCGGUGAGCCAGCUGGGGCACGCGCUGUGCGCCACGCGGCUGCAGGAGCGCUCGCUGGUGCACGUGUACUGGCCGCGCGAGCUGUGCGCGCUGCUGCGCGACGACGUGGUGCUGGUGGACAGCCCCGGCGUCGACGUCACGCCCAACCUCGACGAGUGGAUCGACCAGUACUGCCUCGACGCCGACGUCUUCGUGCUCGUCGCCAACGCCGAGUCCACGCUCAUGGUCACUGAGAAAAACUUUUUCCAUAAAGUAUCAACAAAAAUAUCACAACCGAAUAUAUUCAUACUGAACAACCGUUGGGACGCUUCCGCUUCCGAGCCGGAGUACUUAGACCAAGUGCGCACUCAGCACGCAAACCGUUGCGUGGACUUCCUGUCGCGCGAGCUGCGCGUGUGCUCGCCCAAGGAGGCGGAGGAGCGCAUCUUCUUCAUCUCCGCCAAGGAAGCUCUGCUCACGCGCAUGAGAGAGAGGGAGAAACCCGUGUCAUCGCCCAUCUUAGCUGAAGGUCACCAAGUCCGGUACUUCGAGUUCGUGGAUUUCGAACGCAAAUUCGAGGAGUGCAUCAGCAAGUCUGCAGUUCGAACCAAGUUCGCGCAACACUCGCGCCGCGGCAAGAACAUCGCCAACGAAGUCAUGCAGGCGCUAGAAGUCAUAUACACCACAGCAACAGAACAAAAAGCAGCCAAGGUUGAGAAGCAACGAAUAUUGCACGAGCAGCUGUCGGCCAUUGAAGAACAACUCACCACCAUCACUCGCCAGAUGAAGGAUAAAAUAAACCGCAUGGUGGAAAGCGUCGAACACAAGGUGUCCCUGACGCUGAGCCAGGAGAUCCGUCGGCUGUCGGCGCUGAUCGACGAGUACGACAGCCCGUUCCGCUCGGAGCGCGUCGCUCUGGAGCAGUACAAGCGCGCGCUGCACCGCCACGUCGAGGCGGGGCUCGGCUCGCGCCUCAAGAAGCGCCUCUCCGCAGACAUCGGCCACGAGAUGGACCAAGCGCAGAAGGAGAUGGCCGACCGCAUGUACAACAUCCUGCCGAUACACAAGCGCGCGGCGGCCGCGUCGUACAUAAUGCCGCACCAGCAGCCCUUCGAGGUGCUGUACCGCCUCAACUGCGACAACCUCUGCGCAGACUUCCAGGAGGACCUGUCCUUCCGCUUCUCCUACGGGAUCACAGCGCUCAUACAGAGGUUCCAGGGGAAGAACACCAAUAAAAUAGCGCUCAAGAACCCUCCACAGUACACAUCGAUCCCUCCGUCAGUAAGCUCUGUACCAUCAUCAAUAGAUGUCUCGCGCCCUUCAAAUGGACCUCCACUAGUGGGACACGUGGGACUGUCUCCGGAGGAGUGGGGUCUAGUCUCUAAGUUUGCCCUAGGGGCGCUAACGUCACAGGGUACUAUGGGUGGAUUAUUACUAUCUGGACUUCUUCUGAAGACGGUGGGGUGGCGCAUCGUGGCCGUGACGGGCGUGCUGUACGGCGCGCUGUACGCGUACGAGCGCCUCACGUGGACGGCGAAGGCGCAGGAGCGCGUGUUCAAGAAGCAGUACGUGGCCCACGCCAGCAAGAAGCUGCGCCUCAUCGUCGACCUCACCUCCGCCAACUGCAGCCACCAGGUGCAGCAGGAAUUAUCAACGAUGUUCGCGCGUCUGUGCCGUCUCAUCGACGAAGCGACGACAGAAAUGGACGGCGAACUGUGCGAAGUAAGGGAAGCCAUCAAGAUGUUGGACGAAGCCUCCACCUCGGCAAAGAAGCUGCGUAACAAAGCGAACUAUCUGUCGCAUGAACUAGAACUGUUCGAUGAUGCCUUCCUCAAGCACAACUAG